UCUCUCCUCCCUGCCCGCCCAGCCUCCAGCAGCCUCUUCUCCAACUUCGUCCGGGCGACCCGCGUUGGACCCCAUGGCCGACUCCAGACCCAAGAAAGCCAAGAUCUGUCUCUGCAUAUUUCUAUGUCUUCUGGUGGGGGGGGUCAUCGCGGUGGUGGUCGGAGUCUGGAUGUGGCGCCACUCGUCCGAGCACAUGAAGUGGAAUGGGACGGGCAGCACUGCCCAUUUUCAAGAAAUCGUCCUGGAGCGAUGCUACAAGUACACGCAGUCGGUGCAGCCGGAGCUCAGAGAUAGAGACUGCCAAAAGAUCAGGGAGGCAUUCAGGAAUGCAUUUAUCUCUAAGGACCCCUGCAGUGCGACAGAGGAAGACUACCACCCACUGAUGAAGCUGGUGAAUCAAAUGGUGCCUUGUGACAAGACAGUCUUUUGGAGCAAAACCAAGGAGCUGGCGCACCAGUACACGAAGGUCCAGCGAGAUAUGUUCACCCUGGAAGACACACUGAUGGGUUACAUUGCGGAUGACCUUAACUGGUGCGGAGAUGCAGGCUCUUAUGAAAUGAACUAUCAAUCUUGUCCACACUGGAAGAAAGACUGCAGCAACAACUUUGUUUCUGUAUUCUGGGAUUUGGUGUCCAAAAGGUUUGCAGAAAAUGCCUGUGGUGUGGUCCAGGUGGUGCUCAAUGGAUCCAUCAGUAACGCCUUUGAUAGAAAGAGCACUUUUGGACGUGUGGAAGUCCAUAACUUGAAUCCAAUGAAGGUUCAUACGCUACAGGCUUGGGUGAUCCAUGACCCUGGAAAAUUUCCCAGUGACUCCUGCUCGGGUUCCUCCAUAAAUGAUCUGAGACAGAUUAUAAGGCAAAGGAAUAUCAAAUUUACUUGCCAGGAUAACUACAGCUCUGGCAAGUUCCUUCAGUGUGUGAAAAAGCCUGGGGAUUCAUCUUGCAGAUGAGCCAGUCUGCGUGGUUGAGGCCCUGCAGUAUACAUCAAAAUGCAUGACUCAGGAGACACGCUCGUGGAAAGCUGAGGAUUCGGGGGAAUUCUCUGUCAUAAUAUCAACACUGGAGAUGGGAGCCUUUUCCUCUAGAGUCUUAAAAUAACUUAUGUUAUUGGCAUAGUUUUUAUUUCGAUCUCCUAAUAAUCAAGAAAGAUUAAUUACUGUAUAACAUUAGAGUGGAAAUUUUAUAUUAUUUCAGUUUAAUUUUCAUAUGAUGCUUUAUGUUAUUAAUAUGUUGGUAACAUCCUUUCCCUUGAAGAAUGACCACUCCAAGCCUCUCUUAUUGGCAGGUCAAGAAAAGUAAAUGCCCAGACUUUUCAGAAAAGGUUACAUUUCCAAAUGAAUGACCUUGUUUCAGGAUAUAUUUUUGUACCCUUCCUACAGAUAAACUAUAAAUGCCAUGGUUAUGGGUCAUGUUGGGAAAAAUAUUCUGUAAGAUAUAAGCUACCCACACGCUUGGUGCUUUACCUCUAAUCCUUCCUCAUAGCCCUAUGAGGUUGAUAUUAUUAUCUCCCAUUUGUCAAAUGAGAAAAAGGAAGUUCAGAGAAUUUAUAUACUUUUCCCAAAAUCAUACAUUUAGUUCAAGGUAGAGAAUGAAUUUGAACUCAGCUUUAUUCAACUCCAAAAUUCAUGUGCUCUAUCUUUCUAGACUGAUAAAACCAGAUGGACAGCCCUUAUGUUCUCUUCCAAUAAAUGCAUGUUGGAUUAAAUUAAAUACAAUAGAAUCUGAAAUGUGAUUUUCUAGAUGGCUUCAAAACAGAUACUUUUUUUGUCCUCUUCCUCUUCCUUCUCCUCCUCAUUCUCAGUGUCUUAUUUAUGUAGGAGGCAGUUAAAAUAUAUAUAUUUGUUCUUGAUGUGACAAUUUAUUUCUCACUUGAAUUUUACUUGAUUAGUCUUGCUCGGGGAUUAUCAUUUUUACUACUCUUUCAAAGAACCAACCUUUAACUUUGUUGAUUUUCUCUUUCUACU